AAACUCUUAGUUUUUAGUGUGGGUGGAAUAAUCUUAAAAUGGUAAUUUGUUACUACAGUUACCUAUGUGUUAAAUUAUAUUGAAUAAAAUCAUUAUUUUUAUAUUUUGUCAAUAUAAAGUUGUACUGCAGGGGACUGUAACAGUCAGAUUAGUCUCAACUAACUACUUAUUUUAAUUAUUACUUAAUUGUUACUGUUACUUUAACCAUUACUGGUUUUAAGUUAAUUACUAUUAAGUCUUAAAACCUCAAAAUCCUGAACGUAAUAUACACAAUGCAAAAUACACAGCAAAUACCUGAAGCCAGUAAAUUUGAACCAACAAAUUAUGCAUGUAAGGAAUCAUCGUAUAAGGAGAUAUUUAAUGCAUUACAGUCCUUACGAAAACAUGAGGUUUUUUGUGAUAUUAUACUUAAAACAGAUGAUAACCAAAUAAUAUUCGCACAUAAAGUAAUUUUAGCAUCGGCAAGUCCAUAUUUCUAUGCGAUGUUCACAAAAUUUGCAGAAAGAAAUCAUGACAUUGUUGUCAUGAAACAAUUCGAUUCAACGGCCUUAAAGCUCUUAGUGAAUUUUAUUUACUCUGGAGAAAUUAUUGUCACUGAAAAAAACUUCCAAGUUUUGUUAACAGCUGCAAAUCACUUGCAAUUACAAAAAGUAAAAGAGGCAUGUUGUGAUUUUUUACAGUCUCAAAUUUGCCCCACAAAUUGUAUUGGUAUAAAUGCAAUAGCUGAUUUACAUAGCUGUACAAAAUUGGUAACAAGUUCAGAAUUAUAUAUUCGAAAACACUUUUUAGAAGUUGUUGGUGGUGACGAAUUCCUAUCCUUAUCAUCCGAUCAAGUGGUUAAGUUGAUCUCCAACGAUGAACUUAUAGUUCCAUCUGAAGAAAAAGUAUUUGAAAGUGUUAUUCGAUGGGUAAGACAUGAAUUAGAUUCUAGAAAAUAUAUUUUGCCUCAAUUAAUGGAACAUGUCCGUUUAUCAUUAAUAUCAAAAAAUUACAUAUUAAAAAAAGUAGCCGAGGAACCUCUUAUUAAGAGUUGUCUUGAAAGUAAAGAUUACAUAAUUGAAGCAUUACAUUUUCAUUUACUCAAGUCCGAUGAGCUCAUCCCACAAAACAUCCGGAAUACACCUAGACUUGGAGAUAAAGUUAUUCUAGUUGUUGGCGGAGAUACCUAUGAAGAUGGGAACACAGUAUGGUAUGACCCAAAGAUGAACCGAUGGCAUAUUUUACAUGAAACGAUUCCAUGCCGUAAUGGAUGUGGUGUAGCUGUAGUGAAUGAUUAUUUAGUAUUUGCUAUGGGUGGUUUUGAUGAUGAUUUAUCAACUUUUCGGUCUGUUGACCUGCUAGAUUUAUCUUUAGAAUCUCCUUGUUGGAAACCAAGUGUUGACAUGUUAACUGAUCGGAGUUCUUUUGGAGUUGGUGUAAUUAAUAAUUGCGUAUAUGCCAUUGGUGGCUCCAAUGGUAAGCUGCAACACUUAGAAACUGCUGAAGUUUUUGACUGCAAUACUCAAAAAUGGAAAAUGAUACCUAGUAUGUCUACUUACAGGGUUGAUUUUGGGAUCGGAGUACUGAAUAAUCGUUUAUACGUGGUUGGAGGUGAUACGUUAUCAGGCCAGCCCUCAAACACUGUUGAAUGUUAUAAUCCCAUUCUUGAGACAUGGACACCUGUCGAAAAAUUGCAUGUACCUCGCCGAAAUGCUGGUGUAGGGGUCUUAAAAGGUAUACUAUAUGCUGUUGGCGGCUCAUGUGGAUACUUAUCUCUGAGUAGCGUCGAAGCAUACAGACCAGGUAUAGGUUGGUUUAAUAUUGCAGUCAUGCAUUUUCCUCGAAGAAACCCAGGGGUAGUUGCAUUAGAUGGUUUAUUGUAUGCCAUCGGUGGAUAUAACCAAGUUACUGCUUUGGAUUCUAUAGAAUGUUACUGCCCCGAGACCAAAAUUUGGACCAUAGUCACAGAAUCAAUCAAUGUUAAACUAGUUACAGGAGGAGGUGCAGUAGUCAUUAAUAGGCCACGACAUUUUAAAACUUGUUAAAAAUCAUGAUUUCUUCUUUUUACACAGUUUAGGUAUAAAAUAUACCUAAAUAUUUUCUCAUAUUGUAUGAUAGUACUCACAUAAUUUAUUGUUUAAUUGAAAAAUGUUAAUAUCAUAUUCGCCAAUAUAACAAAAAUUUCCAGAUAAUUUUGGUUUUAAAAAUGUUUAAUUUCUAUAGCUUUUAGGUCUGACAGUGUUGGUUAGUAAUUAUGUAAUGCAAAUGUGGAGGAUUUGCCACACAAAUUAAAAAUUACUGUAACAAAAUUAUUUUUUGCCGUAACGCUGUAAUAAUUUCAGUAUAUUUUAUUUAAAUUAACGCAAUUGUCACGAAAUUACUUUUUAAAAGUGAUUUUUAUGUAACAAUGUGUUAUUUUCCAUGUUAUUAAAAUAAGUAAUGAAUUCUUUGCUCUAUGAUGUAGAGUGUAUGCCAAAAAUUAGGGGCUUAGAUAUUCAAAAAAAAUGUUCUUGCGAUUCCGAAAAUUUUUGAUAUUAAUCGACAAAAGGUAUAAUUAAAGAUACCAUACAUUAAUACGUUUACAUUUAUUCAUGUAUAAUAAUAUUAAGUCAUUGAUAAUGUAGAUAAUCAUUGUUAUACCUACCCAUAUAAUUUUUGUAAUAAUCAAGAGUAUACCAACUACUUAUUAGUUGUAAUGGACUGAUUUUGUAAUUCAUAAUUUAGAAGAAACUACUAACUAGUAUCAUCAAGAAAAUGAAUUAAAUAGUAUUUAUAUACAUAUUAAA